GUUGAACACGGAAAAUAAAAGUUUUUCUACUUAUUUGAGUAGCAGCAUUACAAUAACACCUGAAUAUCUGCUGCAAAUUGUGCUCUGCGUUUAUGACACCUGGGUGACGUUGGAUGUAAACAAGUGUUUGGUUGGGGUGCAUGCUUGAUUUAACUGAUCCCAACCAAUUAAAAAUGCGUUGAUCAGGCCUGAUAGCAUUUCUUCACACCUGAUCGGGACAUCCCCAUUGCUAUCAUAUUUGAAGUCGUACCAUACUAUUCAUAUUAAUAAAGUUAUCUAGCUGUACGCCCAAAGGGAAAAGUUCCUGAUUUACACUCUUCUUGGUCAGGCAGUUUAAAAUGUUUUGCGUGUUCGGUCUCAUCUUGCUGAACAAUUCUUUAUUUUCUACCGCCAAGGGUUAUCGACCUGCUCGUUUUUGCUCCCCCCUAGUGAUCAUGGGCCACCAUUGAUUGGCCUGUGUUUCACAAUUGGGAUGGAACAACAAUAUGCAAGUCAGAGCCCUCAAAUAGAAGAACUCAUAAGUUGGUAUUAGCUAAGAUAGCUCGAAGCAAGGCUUCCCUAUCACGGAUUGCAAUUUUUCCUGGAUGAUAAUUGUUAUUUUGGUGUGCCAUGUUAUGAAGGCGUGAAUUUCCAAAUUUGUUGUUUGCACCGCAUAAGGAAGCUAAUCACAAAUAAUCACUUCAAACCUAGCUAGUGUAGUUUUAGCUUAAUCAUUAGGACUAGACUAACAUUUUCAUGUGAAAUGUGUAUUUUUAACUUUGGUAUAUAUUUUUAUAUUCGACAUUAACAAAAGUCCUUGAUGUUUCAAUUUGAAAGAGUCCAGUUGCGGGCUGAGGCUGAGAGUCCAUUGAGGCUAAAGAUGACUGGCUAAGAUGACUGCCUGUCCCGUUUGGCCUUGGCUUUCACCUUACAAUGUGUGUGUGACCUUUGCCCCCCCUUGAUCCUUGGCUGACCUAACCGGAAGCCAUGAUGACAGCAGCCUUUUGCCAAUAGACCAGGGGUGAUGGUGAGGAUUGCCAUUGGUUUCUAUGUUGACAGAAAACAUAAGUGGAGCGGCUCAAGUAAAGAACUUACAAUCAAAACAAAUGUUGUAAGUCAGAAAACUGGUAAACAAAAUUUCAGACCGACAUCUGGUCAAAUACAAAAAGAUUGGUCUGUGUGUUUGUUCACACCGUUCUUUCUUAAUUUGAUUGAACAGUGCCCUUGACCGCAACCUAUGUGGAUACCUCCUUUCUGUUUGUGUUACAGGGUUCGGAGGUCUUGAAAGAACAUCACUGUUCAUUUGUUUAUGCGGCUAUAGCAUCACAGUGUGAUGUACUGGAGUAAGACAGGCUUUGUAUUGCCGGAAACAGAUGCAGUGGUGUUCUUUGCAGCAGAGCACAACAUCAAAAUGCUGAACAGUACAAAGAGCCCGUGCAGUGGCCUGUAGAUCACUUAUCUGAAGCUUUGUUUGAAAAUGGGAUCAGAGGGACUCCUUUCAUUAUUAAACUCAAAUUUAUACCCCCUUGGACUUAUAUCUGGUAGCGGUUACAGCAGCCGGAGCCGCUCUGGCAGGGAUAAGUAUGGGCCUCCCGUCCGUACUGAGUACCGACUCAUCGUGGAGAACUUGUCCAGCCGCUGCAGCUGGCAGGACCUCAAGGAUUUCAUGCGUCAGGCAGGAGAGGUCACCUAUGCUGAUGCCCACAAGGAACGCACAAAUGAGGGUGUGAUCGAGUUUCGGUCCCACUCAGACAUGAAGAGGGCCAUUGACAAGCUGGACGGUACAGAUAUCAAUGGACGGAAGAUUCGUCUGGUGGAGGACCGACCUCGCAAACGAAGGUCGUACUCUGGCAGCCGCUCCAGAUCUCGCAGUCGCCGUCGCUCCCGCAGCAGGAGCCGUAGAAGCCACAGAAGUAGGAGCUCCAGGAGUCGCUCCAGAUCCCACUCCAGGUCUCGUUCCCGUAGCAACAAGAGGCGUCACCAUUCCCGCUCCAGGUCUGGAAGGAAGUCUCGCUCCAAGUCAGGAGAAAGCAAGUCACGCUCUCGCAACCGCAGGUCCCGUUCUCGCUCCCGCAAAUCUAAAUCUCGUUCACGCUCCCGCAAAUCCCGGUCCCACUCAGCCGACCGGAAAUCCAAAUCCCGCUCAAAGAGCCGUUCAAAGGUAAAGUCAGAGCGUGAUUCUCGCAGUCGAUCCAAGGAGAUGUCUGGUGACAAGAAGUCCCGCAGCCGUUCAGCUUCCCCGAUGGAGAACGGGAAGGAGGAGCAUGUCGCCACGUUUCCCUCCCGUUCCCCAUCCCCACACGAGGACGACCGCCGGUCCAAGUCCAGGGAGAAGCGUUCAGCCUCCCGCUCAAGGUCUCGUUCACGGUCUAGAUCAGCUUCUCAGGAUUAGUGGAAUUAGAGGGAAGCGUUUCUCUCAUUGUUGAUCCGUAUGCUGUACAUACUGAGCAGUGUCGUCAUACUGGCUUACGUUUCCUGGCUCGUCUACUUUUCUCCUUCAAGCGUGCACCCGUCUCAAACAUGUUUUAAAUGCAGUUUAAUCAGAGGAUGCACCAAAGCGACAGGGAAUCUUCCUCUUUGGAAUAAUUUCGGUCUUGUCUGGUACCCAAACAUCACAAAUGUUCUUCCUAUUUAUUUUUCAGAUAUUAAAGUGCUAGUCGUGAUCUUUAGAGCUGCAGUGAGCGAUGUUUCAAGUCACUCUGUCCCCCAAAAUGACGCCACUUGAUAGGUAAACUUUAGAUUUAUCACAAAAUCCUGUUUUAAUCAAAAGCUGUCAAUAGCUCAAAAAUGAAGUUGUCUUCAUUUACGUCAUCAUAAUUGUGCCUCUCGGUUUACAUUUUUGUUUCAUGCUCAUUCAAAUUGCAUGUUUGUCGGAGAAAAGUAGAAUUUGGCUGCAGUGUUGGAGCAUGGUUUCCCUUUUUUCCGGUCUCAACAAUUGCUUUCUCAAGGAAUCGGCCACACUUCGUGUCGUCUUUGGGUACUCUAAAAUGCACAACUGGGAUGCAAGAACUUGUGCUGCAGAACUGCAUAUUUACAAGUUAAUAUGGGUUUGAACAACUUGCAUUGUAGGUGGACUAUUUUCCCUUUUUAACCUCUUGUACAUAGACUGUGUAAUCAGCAUCGAAAACUGAUUUCUUCUUUUUUGUCCCCCCCUUUUUUCUUUUUUGGGUAACUGAGCAGGUAAUCUUUUUGAAGACCUUUUUGGAUUUCUGUUUGCGUGGAGCCUCAAGUGAAAUGUCCAAUUUUUCUUGCAUUUCUCACUUGGUUCUGAUUGCAGCCUUGACAAAUUAAUCUCAAUUUAUAUUUCGUCGUCUUUUUUUUUUUUUUUUGCAAGUUUAAUCCAGGGGUAAAGGGUUUUGUUGAGCCUCUGCUAAUUUAAAGUGUAGCUUGUACUGGAGUUUUUGUACUUGUGAGGUACAUUAUUCAAAUCUCCGGAGGGUCUGUUUGUGCGUUUAACAACAUCAGACUUAUGAAUGCACCCCCAUCUCUCUCCAUCUUGUGGAACUGAUAUUUUUUUUCUUCCAUGCGAAUGAGAUCUAACAGAGAAAAUGUCCUUUUUUUAUUGUAUGUUCAAUUAAAGAUCUUAAUGAAAAA